CGAACGGUGACGCGGUACGGCUGCAGUGAUCGAGCGGCUGUGACCGAACACCAAACGUCUCACUUCUACCGCACACCUCCCUCUCUUUCUGUGGUCGCGACUCGUCUACGACUACUCCGCUCCCCUCUUUCGUGGAAAAGGCCGCAGCAGCACAACAUAAACUCGCUUCGAAUCCAUAGACUUCGAUCCCAUCAAGAUCGCACUAAAGAUCCCCGAAGCCUGGAGAAUAUCAACAUGGGUGCUACUACAAGGCCUCGGGAGGAUCAGCUGCAUGGCUUGUGGAGAACUUGACAUUGUCCAACACAACUUAUAUUGGGAUUCAAUUAGUUACUGCCCAGGUCUCAGAUCCAAGUAACUGAAAUUUUCUUUAUUACCGCGAAGUGAUCUGUGGCUCUUCCAACAAAUAUGCUUUCACUAAGAUAAGAUGUCUGGACAACCUGACUAUGUUCGUGAAAGCUCUAGUUCUAGCAGAAGUAGCAAUAUCCAGGAGACUGAAGAUGACAUGACCAUAGGUAGCAUUCUAGCUGAAGCAAAUCAUCAUAAUGGAAGGAAUCUAGGAAAGCGCCUAUCUCAUUUAGACUCUAUUCCGCAUACCCCUCGGGUGAAUGGACAAAUUCCUGAUGUCGAUAAUGCAACAUUGGAUCAUGAAAGGUUAUCAGAAAGAUUGGCCAUGUAUGGUUUAGCUGAAUUACAAAUUGAAGGAGAUGGAAAUUGCCAGUUUCGAGCAGUAGCAGAUCAGCUUUUCCACAAUCCUGAGUAUCAUAGGCAUGUGAGAAAGACAGUUGUAAAGCAGCUUAAACAGUUCAAGAAUUAUUAUGAAAGUUAUGUUCCCAUGGAAUACAAGACAUACUUAAAAAACAUGAAAAGGUCUGGAGAAUGGGGAGAUCACUUAACCUUGCAAGCAGCUGCAGACCGGUUUGGUGCAAAAAUUUGUCUGCUAACAUCCUUCAGAGAUACUUGCUUUAUUGAAAUUAAUCCUAAGGAUCAAUCUCCAACAAGAGAACUAUGGCUGAGCUUUUGGAGUGAAGUACACUACAAUUCCUUGUAUGAAGCUGAUGAUCUUCCAACACGGGCACCAAAAAGAAAGCACUGGCUCUUUUAGAGGAGGGGUUCCAGUAUUAUUUUGCUUCGGAGUUUGAUCUCCUCCUCCCUCCUCGGUCUCUCUGCCCUAUUGACUUUUUUAGUCUCCAUUCACGUUAAUGUAUUUAAUGGUUUGUGUUACAUUUUGUUGUAUGAUUAUGAUGUGUAUGAAAAGUAUAUUAUAAGAGA